AUGACCUCGGUUGUUGAUACACCAACAGUCCAAGCAUCUAUUCGUGCUUUUAUCGUAGACUGUGCACCCACCCACCAGCAAGAGAGCGCCAAUGCCAUGGCUAGUCGCUUCCUUGGUAUCGGGAACAUCGCUGGCUACCUCGCCGGCUACUUGGACCUGCCCUCCGUUUUCUGGUUCUUCGGUGAUACCCAAUUCAAGGAUCUAUGUGCCAUCGCCAGUAUUGCCCUGAUCGCAACCAUUGCCUUAAGCUGCGCCUUGAUCCAUGAACGAGAUCCCCGCCUCGAGGGUCCUCCAACCAAGGACAAGGCUGGCGUUAUGGCCUUCUUUCGCAAGAUCUUCACGUCCAUCAAGCGGCUCCCGCCCCAAACCAAGAGGGUCUGCCAGGUGCAGUUUUGCGCUUGGAUCGGCUUUUUCCCCAUGCUCUUCUAUACCUCCGAGUACAUCGCAGAGAUCUACGCGGAGCCCUAUCUUGAGGCGAACCCCAACAUGACCCCAGAGCAGCUCGACAUACUUUACGAGGACGCCACCCGGAAAGGCACUUUUGCCCUCCUCAUCUUUGCCAUUAUGGGCCUGCUGACCAACGUCUUCCUGCCCUUUUUCGUCGAACCGACCUACGAAACCCGGCCUAGCGUGACUGCCAGCGCUCCUGGGGAAGCUCCAGGCUCCCUCAAAAGCUACGACGAGGAGAAAAAGCCCUGGCUCGACUACCUGGUUAUCCCGGGACUUACCCUCCGCCGCGCCUGGAUGUUCGCCCAGAUUCUCUUCACCGGCAGCAUGCUCUGCACCGUAUUUGUGCGCACAGUGGCCGCCGCCACCACCCUGAUCGGUCUCGUCGGUAUCACAUGGGCGCUAACGCUCUGGGCGCCGUGGGCCAUCAUCAGCGCCGAGAUCUCGCGCCGGGACGAGAUCCGCCGCUCGCAGUACGCCCUGCGCGACCCCUCCUCGAGCGGCCCCGGUCCCGUGGCCUCCCUCGACGGGUACUCCUCGGACGAGAACCGUGAACGGGCCCUCGACGAAGAAACCGAAGGCGACGCCGACGACCAAGCUGGCGUCAUCCUAGGCAUCCACAACAUGGCCAUCGCGGCGCCCCAGAUCAUCGCCACUGUCGUCAGCAGCAUCAUCUUCCGCAUCUUUCAGAAACCGCGCGGCGUCCCCGGCGACCACAGCAUCGCCGUUGUAUUGGCCCUGGGCGGCAUCACGGUGCUGAUCUCGGUCUUCUUCAUCCAUCGCAUCCGAGACGAUCCUGGGACCCCCGUCGAUGCUAUGAGUGCGGUCGAGGACGGUGAGGCUGGGAGCAGGCCGAGCACGUCGCACAGUAGGUCGCGCUCGUCGGAGCAGCUGCCGCGCGCGAGUUUGGAGAGGGCCGCGCUGGUGAGGAAUAAGAGUUUUGGGGGGGUUGAGUCUCGACGCAGGGGCGCCAAGUUCACGCUGGACAGCACGGCCUUCUGGAACGGGCAGAACAUGCGGCGCACGGAGCUGAUCCCGCAGACUAAGGCGGCCAUCAACCGCGGCAAGGUGUACUACCACUUCAGCAUGAUGCGCAAGGACACCAACGCGCCCAGCGUCAACCGUGAACACCAGAUCUGCUUUUUCGAGAGCCACUUCACCGAGAUGAAAUACGGCUGGAUCAGCGGCGAGCAGGGCACCAGCAACCCCAACCUGCAGUGGAUGACCAACCAGCAGAGCCGCUGGAAGACCGAGUGGAAGGCCGGCGUGUGGCACAACAUUGCCUACGAGAUUGAUUUCUCCGCCAACAAAGUCGGCUUCUGGCACUCGGAGGGGUCCGACCCGCUCAAGCAGGUGGUCGCGCCCGUGUCGGGGUCGACGUCGUCCAACGGCGCCGACUGGCACCUGGGGGUGCUGGAGCUGCCGCGCUCCGGGUACGCGGACACCAACGAGGACUUUUACUUCUCGGGCGUGUUUGUGGAGGACGGCACGAUCACCACCGCGGUGGGUGGGCCUGGUGACGUAAAUUGUGAGGAGGUCGAGGGAGUGAAGGGAGGAUGGGGGAGGCUGGGCUGGGAGAUGGAUGGGGCUGGUUCUGUGAGCAUAUAUCAUCACCCUGCCAGGGGCAAUUCACUGCAUGGACCAACUUCCACGGUUAUAUUCACCAGCCUACCUUGA